GAGGGGUGAUGCUAGCAUUCUCACACUUUUCCUUUUGCAUUUCCUGCUACAUGCGAACAUGGCGUCUGCUGGCCUCCAGAUGUUUGGCAUUUUUCUGGCGACCAUUGGCUUCCUGGGUGACAUCAUCGUGUGCGCGCUGCCCAUGUGGAAGGUGUCCGCCUUCAUUGGCAACAACAUCGUGACGGCGCAGGUCUUCUGGGAGGGUCUGUGGAUGAACUGUGUGAAGCAGAGUACUGGCCAGAUGCAGUGUAAGGUCUACGACUCCAUGCUGGCGCUUCCUCAGGACCUGCAGGCGGCCCGCGCCCUUGUGGUCAUCUCGAUCCUGCUGGUCCUCAUGGGCCUCCUACUGGCUGUCGCUGGGGGCAAGUGCACCAACUGCAUCGACGACGAGCUGGCCAAGAGCCGUGUCGCCAUCGCCGCAGGGGUCUUCUGCCUGGCAGGUGGCAUCCUGUGCCUCAUCCCCGUGUCCUGGUCCGCCCAUGUGGUCAUCCGCAACUUCUACAACCCCAUCAUGAGCGACGCACAGCGACGUGAGCUCGACGUUGCCAUGGCGUCCAUGGGUAUGCAGAUGCUGGCCAGCGCCCUCUGCCUGCUGGGCUGGGUGGGCAUCAUCAUCAGCUGCCUGCUGCCCAUGUGGAGGGUGACGGCCUUCGUGGGCAGCACCAUCGUCACAUCGCAGACCAUCUGGGAGGGCAUCUGGAUGAGCUGCGUGGUCCAGAGCACAGGGCAGAUCCAGUGUAAGCCCUACGAGUCGCUCCUGGCGCUCAGUGCCGACCUGCAGGCCGCCCGGGCGCUGACCGUACUCGCCAUCGUGACCGGCGCUGCGGGCCUCAUCCUGGCUUUUGUUGGGGGGAAGUGCACCCGCUUCAUGGAUGAGGAGCGGCCUGGCUCCAAAGGGAAAGUGGCAGUGGCGGCAGGGGCGGUGCUGAUCGUUACGGGAUUACUGUGUUUGAUUCCCACCUCGUGGGCAGCUGGUGCGGUGGUCAGGAAAUUCUACAGUGCCGCCAUUGAUGCUCAGCGCCGGGAGAUCGGUGCGUGUCUGUACAUCGGCUGGGGGGCAUCCAUCUUGCUUAUUCUGGGAGGGGGCUUGUUUAUCAGCUCCACGUGCCCCCUCAAAGCGCACGACGCCGACAAGAGCCCGUCGGUUCGAUACCUGGUGGUCCGCUCCUCAAACGGGUCCAACAGGCCCGGCUCGCAGCACAACAGGAUACCGGCAGCCAAGCCGGUCGGGGCGCUUUACAACCGGCCUCUGAGCUACGAGGGGACCUCUGCAAAGUCUGAGCCGCUCGCCAGGACCACUUGGACAGACGGACCCGAGCCAGGUCUCAGACCAGCAUCCGAGAGGUCCUGGGCUGCCUCAACCAAGUCUCAGUUGAAGCGACAGGACUCGGCACCGUCGGAGCAAAGCGAGGCGCUGUCCACCAAGUCUCAGCUGCAGAGGGCUGAGCUGGACCAGACUUUAGACUCCACCAAGAGUGAACAGGAGGACGCGUCUGCCAACCCAUCAAAGACGUACCUCUGACAUGUGGACAAACUUUAUUUGUAGUCUUUCUACUACUUAUUUACUUCUUAGUACUUCUUCUGCAGGUACCUCAACAUAGCACAUAAUAUAGUACAUCUUGAAGUGUAUUUAAUUCAUGUCAUAAUGUGGGAUUUUCAAUAUAAAUGAAUUAUAUCGUGACGAUUUAAUAACAAAGACACUUGCUGGCCUCUCACUGGCAGACUGCAGACAUUAAGACAGUAAAUAACAAUAAUAACCAUGUGCACUUAUGUGUAAAUGUGACCUUUGAACUUCACCUUUUUGGACUGAUUUGUGUAUAUUUUAUUUAAGUUUUCAUUAAACAACAGUCGUAA